GGUAAGUUGCGAAACAAGAGACAUUUUAUUGCAUAUGAUUUUUUUUUAUCAAUUUUCUCGGUUUUUUUUCCCGCCCCCUCUCGCGCGACCACUACCGAACUCUUUGCGUUUACGCGCUUGGAGGGGAAUAAAGAGAUAGCGACAUCAGUACCCGAGGCGGAAGACUUUUUAAAGUUUUUGUUUUUUAUUGUCGGCUGCUGUCAACAACCGACCUUGAUCCCUACAGUUGGGUUCGGAAUAAUAAAUUCAUGAAGAGGGAAUGCCCAUCAACAAGGAAUACGGAAACCACUCAUGCCCUAUGAUUACUCUUCCUACCUUAGCCAUCAGACGUCAACUUAUUUAGCACAAUAUACUUAGUGUUGUUUAUUAUCCGUGCCGUUGAUUGUCAAACUACCACAUGGUCAUGGCAAAGCUAACCCGAAAUAUAUAGGAGAAUCAAUAAGUCCCUUACGUCAAAGGCGUUGUCGACUAUCAACCUGAAUUUCGAUAAUCUACCUCCUAAUCAAGAUUCGACCAUCGACGUCAAGUCAACCUCAAAAAGUGGACAUAAUGUCGCAGCAAUACUACGGAGAUUCUCAAUGGGCGGGCGCUGGUCCAUCCCAAACAACUUGGGAUCAUCAAACUCCUCCUCCGCCACCGGCGCGAUCUGGUGCUAGCUCUGCCAUCCCACGCGAAGUCGAGUCGAUCGCAUUUGCCUACCAAUUUGAGGAGGUUGAGCGAGCCGUCGAUAAUCUGGUUAAGAGCGGGAAGUUGUACGGUCCGCCAGGGCGACAUGGACGGGCUGCGUCUGGUCAUGGCCCGCGGCCGCAUUCCGUGGAGUUUGGCGACCCGCGAGCCGGCCACCCUGGUCCGAACCUGCAGAAUUUCUAUGCCGCGCAACGACACCAGCCUUCGCGCGGCUCCAACGAGGCGGAACAAAUGAUGCAGGCCAAGCGGAGGAUGGCGGCUCAACGGGAGCGAGAGCUUCGCAACUAUCAUCAAGAGCAGCAAUUUAACCGAAAUGUUCUUUCUGAUAUUUCUUAUAACAGCAAGCCUGAUCGCGCUCUAAGCCCUGGCAGCAUGUCCGAAGACGAACGUCGUGAUUUGAUCGCACGCCAGCGUAGUGCGCUUUUCGGCGGCGAGGGUAGCUAUCCCGAUGAAUCCAGCGUGACUCGAUCCGGAGUACCUGGCUUGCCCACUGGUACCUCCGGUCACCGUGGCCCUUCCCCCUUAGCUUACGACUACGGACGACAGGGGGUUCCCAACGCCUCCGAAGGCGCAUCGCAACCUAAUGAGACGCAGGGUCUCUCCCGCGCCAACAGCAACGCAAGCCCCCAGUCGAACCCGCCGGCCAAUAUGGGUAUCUUCGAUAGUGCUGUCGGCCAGCAAGCUAAUCGUACCAGCAACUCAUCCCCAACUGGUGGGUCCCCGCCUCGGGCUGGAGGGAUCUCUAAGCCAGGUCAGAGCGGGAACGCGGUAGCCCCUAUCGGCACUCGUCCGUCGGCGGCUUCUCAGGCUACUAAUCCGGCCUUGAACAAGCGUUCGACAACUCCCCUGCCGUCGCCGUUAAGCCACGGCUUCACCGCCUCGAGCAAUGGGGAUGACGUUAAUCAAAGUGUAUCAACUACUUCUGCUCCUUCUAACCCGCCUAGUGCUGCAGCAGACGGAUACAACGGAUGGAGCAACCGCUCAGGCGUUUGGGGAAGUAAAUCGAACUUGGGCGUUCAGGCUAGCGUUUGGGGUUAGGAAACAAAGUAGUGUCACGAAGACCUAAGUGAUGAGGUGCUAAUCUGAGCUUUCAUGGCAAGAGAUACCAUCAAGGGUGAAUGAUUGAAUUGGCACAAAAUUGGUGUUCAGGUUGAUUAGGCAUGGGGUGAGGGAUACGUAUAUCCAGCAUCAGCAUGGGUGUUCAGGCCUUUGACGACACGGAAACAA